CCGGCCCCCGGCUCCCCGCUCCCGGCCCGCGGCUCCCCGCUCCGGGCCCGCGGCUCCCCAGGCCGCCGCGCCUCGCCAUGGCGCUGGACCGGCUGCUCCUGGCGCAGGGCGCCUGCUACCUGCUGGCCUUCCUGUGCAGCCUCGUGGCGCUGGUGCCGCUGUGGGAGAACCGCCACGACUUCCGCGGCCGCUGCCUGCUCUUCGCCGAGGGCCUGUGGCUCAGCGCCAACCUCACGCUGCAGGCGCGCGAGCGCUUCACGGUGCAGGAGUGGGGCCCGCCCGCCGCCUGCCGCUUCGGCCUGCUCGCCUGCCUCCUCUCGCUGCUGCUGGCCGCCGCGCUGGCCUGGCGCGCGCUCUUCUUCCUCUGCAAGGGCCACGAGGGCUCCUUCCUCUACGCCUUCCUGAACCUGCUGGUCAGCGCCUUCACCGUCUUCCUGGUCUUCAUCGCCAGCACCAUCGUGAGCGUGGGCUUCACCAUGUGGUGCGACGCGGUCACCGAGAAGGGCUCGGUGCCACGCAGUUCGGCCUCUGGGCCUCGUGGCUGGCCUGGCUGGCCAUCACCGUGCUGGCCUUCGUCAAGGUCUACCACAACUACCGCCAGGAGGACCUGCUGGACAGCCUGGUGCGCGAGAAGGAGCUGCUGCUGGCCCGGCCGGGCGCCCGCCCCCUGGCGCAGGAGGAGAAGAGUGCCGUCAUCUAGGCGUGGGGGCGCCCCGGGACCCCCAGGGCCCCCACGGCCUGGGCACAGCCCUCCCGGGGAGCGGCUGGCGGUCUGCCUGGGCCCCACCGGCCGCAGCCUUGCAUGUCCCCCUCGGACCUCGCUCGCCCAGCACCUGAUCCCACCAGCGGUGCCGGGGUGGGGGCUGGCCCUCAGCGGGGCAGCACCAGGGCCCCCCAGUGAGACCGGAGGCCAGGGGAGCACCCACCUUCUCAGACCCCUGGACCCUCAGGCCCGGCCCCGCCCCGCCCAGGCCUGAUGCUUGCUUCGUGGCCACCCCGAGCCACCCCACCCGCCUAGACGCCCACAGGGCACCCCUGCCAAUGGCUCCCGAGUGCGCGUGGGACA